GAGGGCGCGCAAAAGAUGAGCGUGUCUUGCAAUUUCCGUGGACUGUUUGGUAGACUCAACUCAACACAACACAACAACACAUCAUUAUCAUCUUGUUAAGUGAAGAUUGAUGAGUUCUCUCUCUCUCACUCUCUCAUAGGAAAGUGCAUGCACCAGCACCAGCACCAGCACCAGCACCAGCUGAUGAGUUUUACCGCCAUGGAGAUUGCAUUGUGGUGGUGGGACCAAAUCAACCACUCCACUCACUGGCAGUCCGCCAUUUUCUACUUCCUCUGUGCCGCUUACGCUCUCGUCUCCUCCAUCGCUCUCAUUCAGUUGAUAAGAAUUGAUCUUAGAGUACCUCAGUUUGGUUGGACAACGCAGAAAAUCUUCCAUCUCAUGAAUUUCAUUGUUAACGGAGUGCGUGCUGUGGUGUUUGGAUUGCACAAGCUUGUUUUUCUUUUGCAUCCUAAGGUUUUGAUUUUGGUUCUAUUAGAUCUUCCAGGACUACUUUUCUUCUCAACAUAUACACUUUUAGCCCUUUUUUGGGCAGAAAUUUAUCACCAGGCAAGGAGUUUACCAACUGAUAAGCUCAGGAUAGUUUAUAUUUCAAUAAAUGCUGCCUUGUAUAUUAUCCAGAUUUGUAUUUGGGUAUACCUCGGGAUAGAUGACAAUAGUGGUGUGGAGUUCUUUGGAAAGAUAUUUAUUGCAGUUGUGUCAUUUAUUGCUGCACUAGGCUUCUUGUUAUAUGGAGGAAGAUUAUUUUUCAUGCUGAGGCAUUUCCCAAUCGAAUCUAAAGGGAGAAGGAAGAAACUUCAUGAGGUUGGAUCUGUCACAGCCAUCUGUUUCACCUGUUUUUUAUUACGAUGUGUUAUGGGAUUUCUGUCUGCAUUUGAUUCAGAUGCAUCUCUAGAUGUUUUGGACCAUCCUAUUCUGGACUUAAUCUACUAUGUGCUGGUUGAGAUUCUACCUUCAGCUUUAGUCCUCUACAUCCUGCGCCGAUUGCCGCCCAAGAGGAUAUCAGCCCAAUAUCACGCUAUCUGUUAGCUGCAGUGCAUCUUAGGUCCCCCAUUCACCAAUUCUGCCUUUUGAUAAUGAGUUUAUUGGUGGUUCUUGGUUGGAUACUUUGAAAUUCAGCAGGAGAAGCAUAUGAAGAAAAGGGAUCCAAAUAUUCUCAUAGCAGCAGUUCUUACAUGGGUGAUACUCAACAGGUGCUAUCUGGGAAGGAUAAACUUUCAUGUUUUAGGACAUGCAUGCCAUGACAAGUCCAAGAGCAAGAGUGAAUUUCUGCAGUUGUUUGUCCAUUGGAUCCUAUACCGGGGUGGGAUUAAGGUUGAGGUUAUCAGGGAAAUACUAAUUUACUUGUAGGCUAGAUGUUGUAGUGUUUAAGGCACAAGCUUGCAAUGAGACAUCCAUUCUUUUCAAUCCAAUAUUUCAUGCGUUGUUUUCUGAAAUAUAUGCUGCCAAAGGUUUAGACUUUCC